AAGUUAUACAGCAAAUCGCAAAGCUCUUCAGCGGAGAACGCUAAGGCGAGCUCACGGCAACCUGGCCGUUCGUCGACAGUUGACAAUGUCAAUCCUCGACGAUCCCAGGCGGCUGAGGAGCAUCGAAGAUCCCCGGCGGCAUCAGAACCUUCGCAGCUCUGACGAUCCUCGGUUGCGGCAGAACCUUCGCAGCUCUGACGAUCCUCGGCUGCGGCAGAACCUUCAGAAGAAUAUCACCAGAAUUCCAUUCGAUUCCAUGGUAACUUUUUUCUAGCCAGUGUAUCAUGCAUUUUUCUUCCUCUGUUAGAUCUUCCCGUGGCAUUGGUGACUUAAAGAGAUAUACAGUUGGAAAAGCAGUUUUUUCAAGUUAAGAAAACUGAUUUCCUUAAAAAUAAAAGUAUCCACGGCAAUUCUUUGAAACCCUUGAAUGUCCACAAUAUAAACGUUUUCUUCUGGACAUUGCAGCAUGUUAUUUUUGAACAUUGUUUAGUAUUCACACGUUGUAGUCAUCUUGUAGAGUUAGUUCAGUAAGAAGUAAGUAUUUAAAAUGAACAGAUUUAUUCUCACACGCUCAAUAUAUAAGGAAAAACUCCGCCUAUAAGCCCCAUAUAAGUUGUCCCUACUCCUGUAGGCCCUUUUCUUGAUCAUCCCUCUCUCCAUUUGAUUGAGAAAUCGUAAGCGUUCGACUCCCACCUCUUUUUUUUCAUCUGAUCGGAAAAAUCUAUUGGUCAGUUUUUCUUUUUUUCUGGUGUGAGAAGAGAGGGAAAGGAGGAGCUAUCCUGCUAUAUUAUUCUAAGAUAGAAUGCGUGGUGGAAAUUUACAUGUAUGCAACCCACUACUUUUUUUUAAGAAAGGUGUAGUCACGUUUCUCAUGAAAGUGAAAAGAUUGGGAUUUAUAUGGGAAAAAGAAAUAAAAUUUCGAAUCCUCGCAGUAAGGUGCAUCAUUUGCGUGAGAGAAGUGUAUAGGUCAAUAGAAGCUAAUGCUGGUCAAUAUAUCCUUACAAGAUAAUCAAUAAGUUUAGAGGCACGCCUCAUAGGUAACUACGAAGAUGAGAAUUUUCUCUCUUUUCAUAGGAAACCAAAAAUCUCACACAUUUUUACAAUCGAAACUAUAGAUUUCCGCAGACUAAAGUGUGCAGGUGAAUGUGUAUAGAUUACAAAAGAAGUAGCCUCCCCAUUGACUGCGCGCAGAAGAUCCUUGCACCGGUAUACAUAGAUCGAUGACAAUAGGAGGGCCACUGACUGCGCGCACCGGCCCCUUGGCAGGUAUGGACCUUUUUUUUCUAUUUGUCACCAAUGAAUACUUUUUGUCUUAUUGGUCAAAUGUGUGGAGGCGUAUUUUUUUUAGGAUAUGGGAGGAAAAAAUUUUACUGACUCGCCUAGGAUUGGCUAAAAGCACUAAAAGCAAGGGAUGUGUUUUUGAGAAUUCAGGAGGAAAGUUUUCCUCCAAUCAUAUGAUUUUCACAAAAAGUUAAGGAAAGGGAGAGCCGUGCUUUUCUAAAUAAAUACCACGGGUGUUGCUGCAGAGCGUCAGUUCAAGAAUCUUCUCCGAUUUUUCUUAACCCAGUGAAAAUUAGUAACAGACAGGAUGGCUCUUCCAAGGCAAAGUGGUCUGCGUAAUAUGCGGGAGCGCAUAAGGACGCUGAUAUCUAACGCACCAACUCUAAUGAUGAUGUUGGACCACGCAGCAUGGACGCUAGACGCCAUAGACUCAUUGCCACCGAUACCUCCAAUGGCUGCGAUGCAAAAUUUGUAUCCGACAGGCAGUCCUAACCAUCCCGUUUCAAGUGCAAGUCCGAGAAGGGGCUCUCGCUCACGUUCGAGUUCAAGCUCGAGUUCCAGCUCGAGUUCAAGCUCAUCGAGCUCGAGUUCAAACUCGAGUUCAAGUGUAAAGUCGAAGAAACGAGGAUCGAGUAGCACGUUUUGGCCUGAAAAAUCGUUGGUCCGUGCGAGUUUGCCUAAACUAGAGCAAAUGAGCAUCGGCAAGAGCAAGAGCAAGAGCAACAGCAACAGCAACAGUAACGACAGUGGCAGAAAAAGGAAAGCGAAGGAUAAAGCAGAAGGUCAAAUAAAAAAGCCUUGUGAUGAGAUGAAAAAAUCAGAAAAGCCUUCAACGCAUUCUAAUACGGAAGUCAAGAAAGACGUUAGAGUUCCUCUUUCGAUUUCCUCGCUGUUCAAUGCAGAUGUAAAAGCGCCUCUUCAUGAUAAUAAGGAUCAUGCCCAUUCGUCAAAGCGAGGCUUGCUGAGGCUGGAUCGCAGCAAGGGGAAGGAAAAUGCACCUGCUCCACCGAAGGCAGCAGCAACGGCAUCUCGAGGGAAAGUAGCACCGUCAUCAUUGCACAAAACAGAGGCAGGUCCAUCCCAACCCAAAAUCCCGCCACGCAUAAUAGAGGACAUCACGUUCCUCGAUUAGCAAUUUAUAAUAAUAUAAAAUUCUCAAGU